AUGGGCACCCGUAACCUCAUCCCGCACCACAUUCCCCAUCCGCUCGGCCACGCGGCAGCGAUCGCCGCGCGCCUCGCUGGCCUUGAUGCGCUGACGACCGAGAGUAGCCCGGCGACGUCAUCCUCGUUCGCUGAUGGGCUUCCGCCAGCAGUGCUCAUUGUCCACGACAGGGUCGCUUGUGACGAUCCGCUCUCCAUCUGUACUGCCAUCGACGAUGCUGCUGGUGGCCAGCUCGCCGUCGCGUCCAAGGUAGCUGCCGGCAUCUACGCCCGCCUCCUCAUCCCGAUCUACGAGCUGCGGCAGGCAAACAACCAGCGCAAGUAUGAAGAGGCGUUUGCCAAGAUGUCCGCCGACUGGGACGCUUGUGAGACUGUGUUGGCCUCGCAGCGGUUCCUCUCCGGCGGCGACGCGCCCGACUUUGCCGACGUCCUCCUCUUCGUCGUCGCCCUCCGGCUUGAUCUUGUGUACUACGAGCUGUACAAGGUCUCGUUCGGCCUUCUACAAGACUACCCUCACAUCGAAGGCUUUGUGCAAGAUCUGUUCGAGCGCCCGGCGUUUUACACCGACACGCCUCCGCUCGCCGUCAUCAAGACCUUCCACUACACCGGCGAGCCCGAUCUCAACCCGCACGGCAUCGUGCCGCGCGGCGGCGAGCCCGAUCUCCAUGGGCCGCACUUUCGCGACUUUGCCUUUGACGCUGUGUCGGCUGACGAUGCUGUCAACGAGGACCAGGACGCUGAUCGUGGCCGCGGCGAGUGGGUUCGCGGCCUUUCGGAGCUGCGGGCGUGGAUCGGGCCCGACGACGACUAUCCCGUAGCGGGUGAUCAGCGAUACGUACUCUACGCCCCGUUCAACUGCCCAUGGUCGCACCGCACACUCCUUGCCCGUGCCAUCAAGGGUCUGGAUGACGCCAUCGGCCUUGUCGUUGUCUACUUUCGCCGUGAUGCCGACAGUCGGUGGCAGAUCAACCCGGCCGUGCCUGGCUGCACCGCCGACGUGUACGAGGGCAUCGCCAAGAUUACCGAGCUAUACGCGGCGUCCAACUCGGACGAGCGCUCGGUGCCUGUUCUCUGGGAUACCAAGACCAAGCAGAUCGUCAACAACGAGUCUGCUGACAUUGUGCGCAUCUUCAACUCGUCGUUUGCCGAUCUCGCUACCAACAGCAUCGACCUUUAUCCCGCCGACGCCGCCGACGAGAUCGACCGACUCAACCUACUUGUCUAUCAGCGCGUGGCCAACGGGGCAUACAAGGCCGGCUUUGCUUCAUCGCAAGCUGCCUACGACCGGGCCUACGAUCGCUACUUUCGUGCGCUCGAGUAUCUUGAUGGCGUGAUCCUCGCCGAUCGCGAGUGGCUCGCCGGUACACCGCAUCCGACCGAGGCCGAUCUCAAGCUCUUCCCGCCCAUCUUCCGGCACGACGACGUGUACUUUUCCCGCUUCAAGCUCAACAAGAACAAGCUUGCUGCCUACCCCAACCUCGCUGCCUGGCGCGAUCGCAUGCUCGCCUUUCCGGGCGUUGCUGCUGCCUCCAAUCUUGAUCACGCGCGCAACGGCUACUUUGGCCGCACCGGGUCGGAAAUCGUCCCUGCCGGACCUCGUCGACUUGGUCUCACUCGAUCUGACUACAGCGAUGACGUUUGGCUCAACCGUGACCAACCAGCCAGUGGCUCUGAAGAGUAA